UUGUUGGCGGCAGGAGGGAAGAAAAGAAGCAUUUAACGACCUGAUUUCGGAAAAUUCGGUAUAUCUCAAAGUCUACCUGUGUUCCGUCAUGGCGAAUUGACGUCUUCCGAACCUUUCACGCCGCGAGAGUCACAUUUGCAUGCUCUUUUGAGAUAAAACUGUAUGGCCGUUGAAAGGCACAGAGCGCUUGGCUUGGGCUGUGCCGACAGGGGUCUGUGGUCAUCGUAUAUUUGGAACAGAAAGCAGAAGAAGAAGCAGCUGGAAUCGAUUUAGUGCUUUGUGUGUAUAUCUGCUUCUCGCGGGUCAAUAGCACCAGCCAUUCGACAUGGCGACCCCGUCCUCCAAACAAAACCCAGGCGCGACUCCGACACACCUGACGUCUUCUCCACAUCCAUCUGCAGUGCCGAUGGCGCGUCCCUUAUCUUACAAGUCGCCGUCUACCAGGACCCCGUCCGCUUCAGGUCACGGACACAACGUUAAUCACCCAGGCAUCUCCUCGCAUCAGUAUGCGACACCUCUUGCAGCGGCUGUCGGGGUGGAUGACCCGGUCACAUUCAGCUCGCCGUCUGCGUUGCUAGCGUUGGGUGGUUAUACUGGGAUCAGCCCCUCUCCUGCUGCUCAUGAUGCGCUGGUUGGCGCAGCAAUGAGCGAAAAUGAGAUUCAAGCGUUGAGCAUGCAGGGAAUCAAGCUAGGUGCUUCCAGAGACAACGAAGAAGAGCGCAGGAGGCAUAUCGAAGAGGUGGUCCAGCUUCUGCGCACCCGGGUCGCUGGAAGAGGUGUCUGUAGAGAGGGAAUCGAACGACUCAGUCAGCUCGAAGGCCUUGAGUCGAUCUGGCAGGAAGAUAACCUCAACAUUGCUGGGAACUUUGUCGACCUGGAAAUCGAAUUCCACCCGGGACAAGAUACUGUCAAGGAUGUCAGUCUUACAUACGUCACUCUCGAGGCUACCGAUGGUGAGCGGCGCGAGGAGGCGACAGCCGUGUUGAAAAGUGACCUGACUCAGUCACCUGAACAGCGAGAGCAAGGCGCGUGGAAGUCGCUGAACGGGUUCUAUAAAAAUCUGCAGUGGCUUGCCAAGCUGGAUAGGCUUAGCCAGGAGGUCAACUGUUUUGAAGCCAUUGAGGGCCUACACGCGAGCCUGAAACGGAUCUGGGACGCGGAAGAUAAACAAUCGAGAUGGGCAGGGACUUAUGAACAUCUUUGCAGCGGAUGGAUUGGUCGACCGUGCCUACACAAAGGGAAACGUGUCGGACUAGGGCUGGACUACUGGAUAUCACAACCCCGAGUUCUGGAUGCGAAGCGGGCCAAGACCUCGACAGAUGCCAUGGUGAUUGACCAACCACCAGACCGGGUCUCGAAUGAACACAGUGACGAUGAACAGAAUCUGUGGAGCCUGAAAGUUGAAUGCGAAGAAGGAUAUCCUUCUCUUCGCGUGUCGAGAGAUUGGGUCGGUCCGGACGUGUUGACGACCACUCCAGAUAUAUCUGAAGAUUCGUCGUCCAACAGGACCCCCGAUUCCGCUCUCCCGAUGAUUAACUGGGCCGAUCCGCCGCCAACAGUGUCUUCGGCCAGCAUGGGCCAUCCCGAUCCGAUGAACAGUAUGCUAGGACCUCAUACCCCGAACCGCAGGUUUGUCGUCAAGCUGGAGCCUCCGCUAGAUGUUCCGAUAUUGGCUGCCUCCGAUAUCUACAGGACACUCGGUAUACAGCUACCGCAAGAGUUCAAGAUGAUCGCCUACGAUGCGUUGCUGGUUCCUGCAUGGCCGCCUCUCUCGCCAACCCACAAUGGAACUAGUGUCAGUCGGGGUACGGGUGUAUUAUGCGUGCCCACAUAUAAUGCACAAGGCGAGAAGAUUGAUAAGAGACACGCCUACACGUUCCAGAGCUUUGAAGCGGUGAUUGGGCGGACAAUCAGUGAACUCCCCUUUUCCCAUCCGCGACAACUUGCGGAUAUCCUCCCGAUACUACGGCAAUAUGCAGCGCUAAGCAGCAUCGUUCGCCGGACUUUCACCUCUUCGCCGGAUAGAAGGGAGCCGAACACCCAACCUUCCACCUCGGAAAGCGUAUGCAAAGCACCGGAGUUUCCCGAUCCCGAGGCCUUUGCAAGCGGCUCCGGAAUAGUUAUGCUCAGCAACGACGAUCCCAAUGAAGAAAGACUCGAUUCGAUUCUGGGUGGGGGGCAGCUGUCGAAUGUGGCUUUCGGGCCUGUGGGCGAUGACUCCCACCAGCGCCGGACCGAUGUCAAAGUGGACGUCACGCUGCGGACGCAGCUGGGACAACCGCCCGUGCUUAUGCUGCUCAUCACGGCCAACAACGGUUCUGACAAAGCCACCCGAUCUGAGAGGAUCUCCAUCAGUUUCGAGGUCGGUCUCAACGGCAGCAUCUCGAUCGUAGAUUCUACCGGUCUAUGGGGGGACGAGACGGGUACCUCCGUCGAGAGUUCCGACAUGAAGACGGUCGACGAGAAGAAACAAGAAGCGUUGGAGGCAGAGAAAAAGAUAGCGCGCGUACUGGAGACAUCGCACGACCUGAGCGUGCUGGUAGAAUGGGUUUUGUCUCGAUCCUAGACGAUCAAUCCUAGGCGAUUCGAGAAUACCUUUCUACCAUGUAUAGAGUUGUUUUUAGAACAUUCACAUCCCUGCCAUUAGUACAUAUUUUUUUUUUUAGGAUUUCUGCCCAUGAGUCU